CAGACAACUAUGUGCAACCAGUUAAUAACUUACAUCCACACUACUAUUUCCCAAAACAACAACUAGAAUCACCAUUUUCUUCUCCUUUCCAAUUUUCCCAAGAAAAUUACACAUUUUCCCGAGAAAAUCAAAACCCUCAACCCCAAAUCAAAUAGUACUAAUGAUCUCUGAUACCUAAAUUUCCCCAUUUUUAAUGCUACGAUGAGGUCAGGCCAUGACCAAAGCAAGAACAAUCAUGGAAUCGGAGCAAGAGAAAGUGAAAUUGAUUCAAUGGGAAGAUUAUGAACAAGAAGCUGCGAGAUUAUGGAGUCUUUCAACUUCUUUGAAAGAAAUUGAGCAGAAGAAAUUAAUUCUUAAGCAGAAUCUCAAUUCUUUAAUUCAGGUCAAAGCGGAGUCACUUAGUCGAUUAAAUGAGCUCGAGGAGAUGCGGCAGAAGUUGGAGGCUAGAAAAUGUGCAAUGGAGAGGAUUUUCGCGCUUACUGAGGGUUUGAAGGGGGAUGCGGAAAAGGAAGAGGAGCGGCUCAGCGUGGAAGUUAGAUCGCUGUUGGUUGCUGGUACUGCUCUUUCCGCAUCUAACAAGCAACUUCAGGAAUCGAAGAGCUCAGUUUCUGGAGAGAGUUGUUAUGGUCGUCUCAGAAACUUGCAAAAGAAACUAAGAGUGAGACAGCAAUAUAUGGUAGCACAGAUUUCAUUGCUUUAUCCUGUUAAGAUAUCAGCUGGACCUUCAGAAGAUCAAGAACUUGAAGCAUUUCCAAGCACUAGUAAAUCAGGCAAUUCUGCUGGAUCUAAACCUACCAAUCAAGGAUCUUUGACAAUUUCAGGGCUGCAUUUGACAAUGCUUCCUUUCACAAAGAUUAGUUUUUUCACUGAUAAGAAGGAGAUCCAGAAGACUGCAACUGCCCUCGGAUAUAUUGCCCAUGUUGUUAUGCUCAUUGCUUCGUAUCUUAAAGUUCCUUUGCGUUACCCCAUGCGCUUAGGUGGCUCUCGGUCAUAUAUUAAUGAUUAUGCACCUUCAAUAGAUUCUGCAUCAUCUGAUUCAUCAUUGCCCGCGUCUUCGUCUGCUAAUGUGAAGACUGUUGAGUUUCCCCUCUUUUUGGAAGGUCAGGAUACAACUCGAGCAGCUUAUGCUGUAUUCUUGUUAAACAAGGAUUUGGAGCAGCUUUUGAAUUAUAUUGGUGUUAAGAGUUUAGGGCCACGCCAUGUACUUGCUAAUCUGAAGGAGCUUACAAGGACAAUUCAGUCUGCAGAAUUUUUAGAAACAUGAUAUGAGCUUUUUGUAGGCAUUUAGCAUCUUAUUUGUAAAUGAAUCACUUGAAUCCACACAAAGGUGCAUAGUUUUUUUUCGAUUGCAGCACCUUGCCGUAGAAUAACUUUUAAUUCUUACAUUUGUCUGAUAGAAGUUGUAGACACCAAUCUAGUUUUUACAAAAUGGAGUACAGAUAAAAAUUCUAAUUCAUCUUUUUACAUUAUCAUUUCUUUGGAAAUGCUCGGUUUUCUGUAAUGAAUGGGCGCGCACACGCAAGUUUUUCGUCAGUUCAUGUAUGUUAUAUUCUCUAGAAAGUUGCAAUCAAGGAACUUUAGGUUGGUCUGAUCUUGACAGAAAACAUGUGCAAAUUUAAGUCAAGAGAUGUUUGUCUUACACGAUUUGAAAUUGGCUCCAAAGAAUUCGGUAGCGAUGAUAAUCGAAUGUAGGAUCGAACCAUAACCGAAUUCGUUGUUCUCUAUUUGUAAUUACAUUACUCUGCAGGGAUAUAGGUCUGCCUUCAUUGUUAUCUAAGAACUCAAAAUCCAACUCAUCGUGAUGAUUUUGUGAGACUCAGGACAAUUGCAAAGACGGUCCAAAUAUGGUAAUUUGAUUUUUUUCCCUUGACAUGGUAGUUAAGGAACAAUUCUUUUUUGAAAGCUUCAGAGUAUUAAUCUUACAUAGAAAGCUGUAACAACUCCACCAGAAUUGCUCCUGAGUAACUUCAUGCUGAGGUGAAAGAAACCCGAGCCAUACAUAUGCUUGAAAAUAACUACAUAAAUAACUAAAAUGUGAGCGGUUGAGCGUUAAAAUAAUAAUCUAAAAGGGCUUAAGUGCUCUCUUCAAAAAUAUAAAAGAAUUCUACAACGUUUAAAGAUGUCGAAGGCUUAAGUGGUAAAAAAAGAACUAAAAGAGCUCGUGUUUUUUUCUGAAUAAAUUGAAGUGUUCUUUUAUACCUUUGGCCAUUUUUAAUAUGUUUAAUUAGCUAUUUAAAUUAAUCAUCAUCUUCUCAAAAAAAUAUCUUCACCUUCACGUUAACUAGUCAGUAUAUAAAGCAUGACUUUAAAGACACGCAAUGUGUGACUCAGAAACAGUUAGUGUUUAAAGGCUAGAUAUCACACAUUGCAUAUACUCUUAUGCUCUUUGCAUUCAAUUAAAAAUAAAAUUGCGUUGUACACGGACUAACUAUAGCAAAGAAAAAUGUACGGGUGCGGAUUUGAAAUUUAUGAAAAAAUGAGAUCGAAAUUUUGGUCUUGAAGCUAUUAUCCAGUAUUCUUUUGAAAAUCAACAAGCUUAAUUAAAGCUUCAAAAACAUAUACUUGUGGCACACGAAACUGCAUUUAUCCGUUUCGGAAACAUUUCUCAUUGUGGGCAUUCCGGGGGAGUAUUAGGGAUCCUAUUCCGAUCAGUACAGUAGUCAUAUGUCAUAAACUUUUUUUUAAUGGAUUCGUAAACUUUUUGUUGACUGGAAUUUAAUUGCCAAAACUUUUGCCUGUUCCACCAAAACUUAUCAGAAUUGCAAUGCUUCAUGUUGGAACCAGAUUUAGCAGCGCAUCCAUUAAUGCCGAAGCUUCGAAAACCGGCUGUAAAUGGCGCAUAGCUCCAAUUUAUCUUAGUCCGGCCACCGUCUGUUGCCCAGCUAUCUCCAUCCCAUACACUUGCUAGCACUUGCAUAGGCUGCGAUGGAAAUCCCACCCCUAAUCUGUGCUUGUUCUUGAAUACUCGAAUCGGGUAAUUAUCGAUGUAAAACCUGUAAGUCGAUCAUAAAUUUAAAUCGAGAUAAUUCUUUUUACAGUCAUUAAACUAUAACAUUUUAUUAAACGGUUACCAACUUUUAAAUUCUUAUAUUUUAAUUACUAUCUCCGUAGACGACGUAAGUAGAAAUUUAUUGAAGUGGUAUGCCAUUGCUGGUAAAAGUAAAGUUUAAUUAUCAAAAUAUAAUAAUUUAAAAGUUAGUAACCGUUUUAUAAAAACACUAUAGUUCUGUAACUACAACAAAUUUUAACCCUAAGUUACCAAUUGAGUUAUAUAAAGUAUGCAAGAAAUGUGAAUUUGGCUUACACAAUUUGAAAUCGAUUCCAAAGAAUUCUGUAGGAAUGAAAUUUUGAUGCAGGAUCAAACCAUAAUUUAAUUCUUUGCUCUCUAUUUCCAAUCCCAUUUGUAAUAACAUUAGUUUGCAGGUAUUUAGGUUUUCCAUCAUUGUUCCCUAAGAACUCCAAAUCCAACUCGUCAUGGUGAUUUCCUGAUACCGAAGAUAA